GUGCAGCCGUACGAAGCGGGCACUUAUCUCAACAAAAUCCAGUGCUUCUGCUUCGAGGAGCAGCGGCUGAACCCCCACGAAGUGGUCGACCUCCCGGUGUUCUUCUACAUCGAUCCCGAGUACGCGGACGACCCCCGCCUCGAGAACGUCGACGAUAUCGUACUCUCCUAUACCUUCUUCGAGGCUAAGAAAGGGUUGACAUUACCGUCGUUUAUGUCGUCGCCCGCAGCGCCUACACCCUCGGCACCGACACCACCAUUGCUGCCGACCCCUCCCGGUCCCACACAAGCGGUGCAGAAAUUAAAUUCUCAACGUCUAUUAAACGUGUACCGGUGCUGGUGUGGUGGAGUUUUGUCGACCACACGACUGUCCAACGGUUACUUCGUGGGGGUUCAGCCGCUGCUCCUCGAAGCAGAAGCACUGGAUUUUGUUGAGAUAAGUGCCCGCUUCGUACGGCUGCACACUAUAGGUGGCGAUGCCGUCCACCGGUCGGUCCAACGGGUUCCGGGCCGUGAAGAAGGCGAGUACAGUCUCGCCGGGAAAGCACCGGAUCUCCGGUUGGGUUGGCCUAAAAUUCCAGGCCAUCUGACUCGUCGUCUCGGCCGAGAAGGUGACGCGAAUCAGUCGCUCCUCUUUGGCCGUCAUAUCCAUAAUCUUGCGGUUCUUCUUCUCGUCGACGAAGGCUUUCCCGCCCUUCCCUGUGCUCUGACAGUAGAUCCGGUAGAGGGGAACGGCUGCGUAGGUGCCGCCCAACACCGCCAACACGAAUGCCGUCGCGUAUAUCAUCACGUCUUUGUUACGGCUCCGGGAUGUCAGUCGACGUACUUGACUGCCGUUCAGGUGUCGCACCCAUUGCUGGUGAUGGUGUCGGUGCUGGCGAGCGGCCAG